UGAGAAAAGCUCAAAGCUCCUAUCUUGCUAUAAUAUUGAAUCAACGUCAUUUUCAUGUUUGUCCUUUCUUGUAGACUUAAAAUUAACCUUCUUCUUAUGUAUUGUAAGUUGCAUUUUUAUGAGGUCUCUCCAAGAUUCAUUUUUCACUCCAACUUUACUCAGGAGAAAAUUAUGGGAGCUAACUGUUGUGUUUUUGUGAACAAGUCGAAUGUCGAGAUGGAACUCAGGGUUUUCCUCCCACCAGCGCGGCCUGAUAAAUACAGGAAAAUCAUCAGGGUUAAAGCUGGUGAAGUGAAAUUCUUGAAGACUACAAAGUUGUGCUGUGAGGACUCAGGGCCCGAACAAACUGCUCACCUGAUGAUUUUCGUCAGUGGAGUCUACACCGGGGCGACCCUAUAUCCAUCUCAUAUCAAGAAGUACGCAAAAAUCCUUGGCUAUCUGGACGACAACGGCCUUGUUGACAUCAAAGGCAUCAGCAUCAGAUUUCCCACCUUCUGUAGGCUGAUCAAGCGAAGCUGGAAUAUGGUCCUGUUUCUUAACUGAAAGGUUGGCCUACAGAAGACUAUAUAUAUAUAUGUAGUUCAUCACCUUCAGAGUUCUGUAUGCCGUUUUCUUUCUAUAUUCCAACGGCAUUAAAUAAAGCAUAUGGAUUAAUAAUGGAGCUACAAGCCUACACGUGAAUGAAGCACGGUCUAGCAACGGUGAAUGGUUUAUGCAAAUGUAGUAGCAAGUGUACACCAAGAAGCCCCUGAUAUCGUAUCGGCUAUGGGUUCAGCUAAUUUGGUGUUAUUUCUCUGUGUUGUACGCCUGAAAUGGCCGUAUUUUCGUUUGUGCUUGUUAUUCCGGUGCACUUCUAUUUAGAGUUAAUUGUGUGAAAAUCCAUUUAUACAAUGUGACAAAGAACUGUAA